AAACAUAAAUAAAUAAAUAAAAUUAAACAUACAUAACACAAAUACAGCAAGAGGAAAGGAGGACUUAUGUAACCGUGCUGUUUCCAAAAUAUUUAUCAUAAAGAACUAAAAAUCUAUCACUUUUCUUAUUAUUAACUAAUCUAAGAGAUUUAAUAAAAACAUCAAUUUCUAUUAAAAAAUGUGAAAAAGAAGGCUGCGAACAGGAGAAUUUUUGUUUAUGGAUAAAAUAUUUUCCAUACAAAAUAAAAAAGUCAAUAAUGUAAUUCUCUGAUACAUCAGCCCCACCUCCAUAAUAACAAACGACAUCCUGAAGAUGAAAGGGUCUGGAAGAAGCAAUGUGGUUACCUAUAUGGAGAUAUACGUUUUUCCAAAAGUUUUUUGUACUUUCACAUUGAAAAAAUAUGUGAAUCAGCGUUAUGUCGAACGCACCUAAUAAUUUCCCAAACAGUACCGUGGACAUCAUUUCCGCUUACGACAUGUUCGUCCUACUUCGCGAAAGAUCCGGCGCGCAACCACGCGCAAUGUUUAGUUCCGCGCGUGCGGCGCAGUGAAAUAUGCCUUGGUGCAAGCAAGGAACUACAGACAAGCUUGUACGAGAGUUUUUACGCACUGGGGCCGCUGCAAGGAACAAGAUGAUGAAGAACUGGGGCGUGAUUGGUGGAAUAGCUGCUGCCAUGGCUGCUGGAGUCUAUGUACUAUGGGGGCCAAUUUCAGACAGGAGGAAGAAGAGAAAAGGUAUGGUUCCUGGUCUGCUUAAUCUGGGGAACACGUGUUUUAUGAACUCACUUCUCCAGGGUCUGGCAGCGUGUCCUUCCUUCAUCCGAUGGCUUGAAGACUUCACAAGUCAAAACAGCGCUGAUCGAGAGAGAACGGAAAGAGAAACUCAGCUGUCCAGAUCUCUGAUGCAGUUACUUAAAGCCCUGUCGAGUCAUGAUCCAGGAGAAGAUGAUGUUUUAGAUGCCGGAGGCCUUUUGGAAGCGCUCAGACUUUACAGAUGGCACAUCAGCUCAUUCGAGGAACAGGAUGCUCAUGAGCUCUUUCAUGUUCUCACAUCAUCAUUAGAGGAAGAACAGGAACGCCAACCCAGAGUCGCUCACCUCUUCGACAUGCAAACACUGGAGAAAUCUGUGGAGUCCAAAGAGAAAAACAUUAGUUGUCGAAGUGGAGGCCCACUGCAUCCUAUUCCUAGUUUAUGGAGAACUAGGCAUCCUUUUCAUGGACGGUUAACAAGUUAUAUGGCUUGCAAGCGCUGCGAACAACAGAGUCCUGUGCAUUAUGACUCUUUCGACAGCUUGUCUCUUUCGAUCCCUUCAAUACAGUGGGGUCGACCUGUUACUUUGGACCAGUGUUUACAGCAUUUCAUCUCCUCUGAAACCAUCAAAGAAGUGGAAUGUGAAAACUGCACCAAGCAGCAGGCUGGAGAGCUAGUAAAUGGAGAAGUGCUUGAGAGUCAGAGGACGACAUUUGUCAAGCAGCUGAAACUUGGAAAGUUGCCUCAGUGCCUCUGCAUCCAUUUGCAGAGACUGACGUGGUCUAAAGAGGGCAGUCCCAUAAAGAGACAGGAGCAUGUUCAGUUUACAGAAUAUUUAUCUCUGGAUCGAUACAAACACUGUAGUGCUGCUCAGAGCCAGCAGAAGACCAGCAGAACAAAUAAGGCCAAAGCUUCCGCAGACCCAAAGGACAAAGCCAUUGCUAAUGGUGUUGAUUCAGAGCACUGUAAUAACAACAAGCCACAGUCCAAUGGAACUUUCCCCUCUGUCUUUCUGCACUCACCUGGUCUAAGCUCACAACUUAACCUCACGUACGACUACAGCACCUCGGAGUACCUCUUCCGCUUAACGGCGGUGCUGGUUCAUCAUGGAGACAUGCAUUCGGGUCAUUUUAUCACUUACCGCCGCUGUCCUGCCGCUCCGCGUGGGACUUCUCCAUUCAGCUCGCAGUGGCUGUGGGUGUCUGAUGACUCUGUGAGGAAGGCCAGUCUUCAGGAGGUGCUCUCCUCCAGUGCAUAUCUGCUCUUUUAUGAGCGAAUGCAGAGGCCUGGUCUGAGGGUAGAAGAGUAGCAUUUCAGCGGACUUAGUUAAACGCCAGAGUGUUAUUAACUCUCCAUUCCAUGCUAUAUGCUACUUAUGGCCAAGUGGAUUUGUGCAUCCCAGUGCAUGAAGUUUGGCAUGCGUAUUGUUUUUUUUCUUUCUUCAUGAGAAAGAGAGAGAGAAAAUUUGGGUUUUGCAUAUCACAGAUAGCACCUUAAAGAGAUAGCUUACCCACUUACUUACCAUUUACUUGAUUCUUUCUGUCAAACACUAAAGAAGAUACUUUGAAGAAUGUUGAAAACUGGUAGCCAUUACCUUUUGUAGUAUUUUAAAUGUCAACGGCUACCGAAUAUCUUUUUAUUUUUUUAUUUGUGUUCAACAGAAGAAAGAAACUCAAUAGGUUGGAGCUACAUGAAGGGGAGACAUUUUUAAUUUUUGGGUGAACUAUCCCUUUAAUUUGGCUCUGUGUUCAUGGCAGUUGUUGUUUUAGUCAAUAUCUGAGAGUGUGAGCGAUGCUGGACAUGAUUACUGAUAUGGGAUUUACAAAUAUCUAAAGUUGGUUUCUGUCUGGAAAACAUCAGAUUUCAUGAUAAUGUUGCAAAAUGACCCAUAAUUGUUGCCUUGCUCAUUAAGCUAAUGAUUUGCUUGACAAAAGUAAAUUUUACAUGUUUCUCAUGCUGUUUUCUGUUUUUUUUUUUUUUUUAUAAAAUUGAUAAUGUGUCUGAAAAUAACUAUUGUUAAUGUGUUUAUGCAAUUCGCAUAUAAAGUUUUUUGUAACAUGUAAACGCCACUAAGUUGUUUUUGAUUCACAUUUUGAGGUUAAUUAGAGAAGAACACAUAAUGAUGGGAUGCAGCCACAUCUACACGUAGAACAGUUUUCUUAGAAAUCCUUAUUUUGUUUUGUUGAAUGAUCGACAUAUCCUUUGUCAUUUUAACAUAAGUGAACACUUGGAGAGGAAACUUAAACACGAAGUAGAAAAUUGUAACCUAAAUUUCAGCUGUUGAUUUACCAAAUGGACUUUUCUCUAAUACAAGCAUUUCAAUAUACAUCCACGUCCAGUGUUACUCUGUAAUUCUUUGUUAUAUGUUGAUUGUACAUGAUGCAGUUUGCACAAUUGUAUAUUUUUAUGAUACUAGCGUGUAUGAUUGUGUGGGUGAGUAUUUUUUUCACAUGUAAAUUAAUUUAAAUUAAAUAAAUUCUGCUACUGUCAAAACA